AUGCCAACAACUCCAACAACACAAAGAACAACUCCCACAACUCCAACUUCACAAGGAACAGCUGGUACAAUUCCAGCAACACAAGGAACAGCUGCUACAACUCUAACAACACAGGGAACAGCUGCUACAGCUCCAACAACAAAAGGAACAGCUGCUACAAAUCCAAGAACGAAAGGAACAGCUGCUACAACUCCAAAAACACAAGAAGCAACUGUGACAUCUGCAACAACACAUGGAGUAGCAACUCCAACUCCAACAACACAAGAAACAACUGCAACAUCUCCAACAACACAACGAACAGCAGCUACAACUCCAACCACACAAGAAACAGCUGCUAAAACUCAAACAACACAAGGAAGAGCAUAUACAACUCCAACAACACAAGGAACAGCUGCUACAACUCCAAAAACACACGAAACAACUGCAACAUCUCCAACGACACAAGGAACAGCAGCUACAACUCCAACAACACAAGGAACAGACGCUACAACUCCAACAACACAAGAAACAGAUUCUACAACUCCAACAACUCAAGGACCAGUUUCUACAACUCCAACAACUCAAGGACCAGUUGCUACAACUCCAACAACAAAGGGAACAGCUGCUACAACUCCAACAAAGCAAGGUACAGCUGCUGCAACUGAAAACAACACAAGGAACAGAUGCUACGACUCCAACAAUCCAAGGAACAGCUUCUACCACUCCAACAACGCAAGGAACAGCUGCUGCAACUCCAACCAGACAAGGAACGGCUGCUACAACUCCAACAACACAAGGAACAGCUUUUACAAUUCCAACAACACAAGGAACAGCUGCUAGAACUCCAACAACACAAGGAACAGCUGCUACAACUCCAUCAACACAAACAACAGCUGCUACAAGUCGAACAACACAAGGAACAGCAGCUACAACUCCAAAAAAACAAGGAACAGAUGCUAUGACUCCAACAACCCAAGGAACAGCUUCUACCACCCCAACAACGCAAGGAACAGUGCUGCAACUCCAACCAGACAAGGAACGGCUGCUACAACUCCAACAACACAAGGAACAGCUUUUACAAUUCAAACAACACAAGAGACAGCUGCUAGAACUCCAACAAAACAAGGAACAGAUGCUAUGA